AUGUCUUCCACUACAAAUACAAAACAACGUUACAAAAAUUGUAUUAGAUGCAACUUGAAUGAAAGAAAAUCAACGGGCUACAAAAGGUUUAUUCAAUUACAAUCUGUGGUGGAUGAUUUGAAAAAAUGUCUUAACGUUGAUGCUGAAAUUGACGAUUUUAUCUGUAGCAAGUGUUACGCUGUUUUUUCAUGUACGAGGAGUAGGUUGACAAAAGAAGAAGCGACAACAACAAAUCAGUCUGAAGAUAGAGUAUCCCAAUCGUUCAGCCAACUAUCUGUUUCUUCAACAAAUUCGUCUCAACAAACUGAUCCUGGAGAUCCUCCUAUAUUGUUUACUGAACGAAAGAUAGUCGAGGAAGACGAAAUAGAAUUACCUAUACCAAGAUGUAUUGCCACACAUAAAUAUUGCUGUAUAUGCAGAAAAGAUCGUAAUCUUAUGGCAGUACCAAUGGAAGGCCGGUUGCAAGUUUUCACUGUGAGGAAUAUUUUCAUUCGCGCUGGUAAUCGAUGUUGCAAGGAUCAUCUUAUUAAAAAACAUUUAUACGAAGAAGUUAUGAAUAACAUCAUAGCAACAUCUAAUGUUAGCAGUAUGAAAGCUUCUGAUGUUUCUAAUUUUUUACAAAAGUUCAGAAUAGAUGUUGAUAAAGAGCUUACUGACAAAGUUGGAGAUUUUUCUUUACCUGAAAAUCGUCUCAUCAUUUUCACGGGCUUGACAUGGGAAAAUCUUUUCGAACUGCGUGCAAUGAUGACAUCACUACGUAAUUCAGAUUCUCGAAAUGUCACUCAAGCCAUCGUCGUAUUUUUAUUCAAACUGCGAACAGGCAACUCUAAUAACGUUAUUUCUUCUGUGCUCGGUUUGGAGCGUCCUCAACAAGUGUCUGAUUUUUCAGCUUCAGUAUUAGAAUCAUUUGAAAAAGAUGUGCUACCAUCUCGUUUUGGUAUAAAAGCAGCGAACCAACAGUACUUGAUAGAAAAUCACACUGCUCCAGUCGCAAAAUUAUUGCACGAUUUUAACGAUAGUCAACUGGGUUUAGUAUGUGACGGUACAUAUCUUAGGCAUGAAAAAAGUACAAAUAACGAAUAUCAACGUAAAUCGUAUUCAGGUCAAAAAAAAGCUCCGUUGUGCAAACCCUUUACAAUUUGCACAACUAAUGGUUAUAUAGUAGAUAUGUUGGGCCCGUAUUAUGCGAAUGUUAACGAUGCAAAAAUACUUGAAGAUAUUUUUAAUGAUCCUGAAGGUUUAGUCACUCUUUUAAGGCCUGGUGAUAAAUUUUUUUUGGACAGAGGUUUUAGAGAUGUUAUUUGCAAGUUAACUGAAAUGGGGUAUGAAGGACUCAUGCCAGCAUUAAAAGGUCAACGAAAACAGCUAACAGCCACUGAGGCAAAUAAUUCACGCAUGGUUACAAUUGUACGUUGGGUCGUUGAAGCAGUCCACGGUGUUAUCAGCCAAAAAUACAAACUUUUACAUAAUCAAUUUGACAAUAAAAUGAUUCCGCACGCAGGAACAUACUGUCGCAUAGCUUGCUUUCUUAUCAAUAUAUUUGGGAAAAGAUUCGUCUCCAGCAUUUCUAGUAGUGAAGAAGUGGUUAACCUUAUGAAAAGGAAAAAAGACACGGGCAAUAGCUUGGCGGAAGAAGCGGAAAGUGGAAGAUGGAGUAGGCGAAGAACGAAAUUCAUGAAACUAACUUCAAACGAUAUUUUAGAUUUUCCAGAAAUGACAGAAGAAGAUUUGAAAAUUUGUUUCACAGGAACGUAUCAGUUGAGCCAAGCAAUUUCGUAUUUAGCUGAAUUAAUUGAUGAAGAGGGUCGAGUAAAUAUUGAUUAUCUGAAGGAAUCAUCAAGUGUACUCAAAAUUCAAGUUCGUUCUCGCCACAUAUCUGCCAAAACAUAUAAUUGUUACGUAGAAUAUACUCCUAAUUCGAUUGGAUAUGGUGGAGUCAAAAGAUACUAUUGUGAAUGUGCAAAUGGAAUGAGAACCGUUGGUUGCUGUUCAGAUAUAGCUUCAGUAAUUUACUUUUUAUCGCAUGCUCGAUACUUGUCUAAAAUUAUAAGGCCGGCUGAAAAAUUGACAAAAAUCUACCAAGAAAAAGAAAUAGUUCCUGUCAUAAAUGAUGACAGCGAUGAAGACUAA